UGAAAACUCAUUUCUCAAGAAACUGAAAGUUGUGUUUUCGUUUUGGAUUCAUCAUAGAAUCAAUGAAGAUUGAAUUAGAAUACCAAAUUGUUUUAGAAACCGAUUAUCCUGCUCUCGAUAAUUACCUAUUAAGCUAAUUGGUAGUUGGUUAUCUUCACUCCUAAUAUCAAAAUCCUUGUUCGGUAACGACAACAAAAAUGUCCAUUCGUGCAUUUUUAAAUUGUUUGUUUUCUCCUAAACUUUACAAAGUGUAUUCAGGAAGAAAUAACCAAGGUCUCUAUGAAGCAGGCAAUUUUGAGAAAUGGGGAGAUCAAAUCAUCACAUCUAUGUACAUCAUGGGCAAUGUUGCAAUUUACACUUCUCCAGUUCUCACCUACAUACUCUUCAAGAAAGGUUACUUCCAGCCAGACGGCCUUGUGACACUGACCAAAUUUGGUGUUGGCGUAAUGAUAAUAUUAGUGGUGUCAUACUGUCUACGCAGCUAUGGACGGAUGACUUCUCCAAUGUAUUUGGAAUUCCAGAGAGUUCUUGCCGAGGCUCAGAAAGAUAUUUCGAAUCCAAUCAACAAGAAAGCAAUCUCCCAGUACGACUUUGAGUUCAAUGCUUGGCCUGCGGAGUUCCAAUGGAGUGAUGUUGAAGGAGAGAAGGAUCGUAAGCGACUUACAGACUCGUCAAGUAAGAGGUCCAUGGACCGAGGUAUUCUGUAUGCCCCGUGUUCCAUACUCAGUUACCUAGCAGCACAUACCUUCGGCAUCAGGCUUAUAUACCCAGGUGCCAUCGCUGCUUUUAGUUUCAUGAUGUCUCCUGUUUUAAUGCAAGGAAGAUCAAAACUAGUUGAAAAAGAUGAGGGCGAAAGAUACAAACUGAAAACCAGAGAUAACAACGAAAUUGACUCCAUGUUUGUUGACAGAAGAAAGAAAGGGGGCAACGGCAACACCCUAGUCAUCUGUUCUGAGGGAAACGCUGGGUUCUAUGAGAUCGGGAUUAUGAUAACUCCAUUGAAAUGCAACUAUUCUGUCUUGGGCUGGAACCAUCCUGGGUUUGGGGGAAGUACAGGUAUGCCGUACCCUGAGCAGGAACAGAAUGCAAUGGACAUAGUGAUGCAGUUUGCCAUACACAGGCUAGGCUUCACCCCAGAUAACAUUAUACUGUUUGGCUGGAGCAUCGGUGGAUACGCUACGUCAUGGGCAGCUGGUAACUACCCUGAAGUCAAGGCUGUGAUGAUUGAUGCCUCAUUUGAUGACUUGUUGCCUCUCGCCGUCCCUCGCAUGCCAGCAGCCCUAGAGCCUGUGGUGAGGAGGACUGUCAGACAUCAUGUCAACCUAGACAUAGCUGCUCAGCUGUGUCAGUACCCGGGUCCUGUCAGACUCUACAGACGAACUGAAGACGAGGUCAUCUGUCUUGUCCCGGGUAUGCUGUCUACCAACAGAGGCAACAAUCUACUAGGUCAGCUGUUGAGGUAUCGCUUCCCCCACCUCUUCUGUGAUGAGUCAGAGGACGCUCUGGCCAACUGGCUAGAGACCUCGGGCAACCAGCAGAGGUCGUUGCUAGUCAAGUACGAUGUCAAUGAGGCAUCUUGUCGUUCCAUCCUAGCAGCCUACCUAGACAGGGAGGGUCCGACAAGUUUCCCGUCUCAGUUUGGCACUUCCUUAGAUCCAUCUCAGAAGACUCAGCAUCUGCUUUACUUAGCGAGUAUAUAUCUGACAGACUUUGCGUCGACACACUGCACACCGCUGCCUCCCGCUCUCUUCUCAGUCCCGCAGGCCCUUCCGUCCUCGUAACACUUGCAACUCCAAGUCACAGAGUAUUUAUCUUUUAUAAACACAAGUACCGGUAGGCUGGAUACUACUGUUCACAGAUUUGUGUAAUUUGAUUUUUAAUUUUCCUCAUUAGGAUUAAGGUGUGUUUUUGUGUAGAUUUUGUUGUUGUUGAUCAUUGUUUGUGUAUAGUUUGGAAGUCUAUUCACUUGUGGCUAAAUCGUGUGAUAUAUUAAAGAGAUAUAGGGGUUUCUAAUGUUAUUAUAUUAUCUUACAUAACUUGACUUGAGGAACAAUUACUUAUUUUAAAUGUUGUUGAAUAGAUUGCAUUUAGAAUUUAUUGCUUGCUGAUUGCAAUAUUACGAUUUUGUUCAUGCAGCAAAUAAUUAUUUGUCUAUCCUUAAAUGCUGAUGUAAAUGGGUUUUUAUAGCCAAGAGCAAUAUUAGCCUAGUUUUGAAAUAAUCUUUUUUAUUUACAAAAGGGGUGCAAUUUUGGACAUGAAACUAACAUUCCAAGAGAGCAAUUGCUUCUGAUUUAGUUUAUAAGUUAUUUGACGAAGGGUUCCACUGAGAAAUAUUUUGCUUUUAACUUAUCAUCCCUUGAAAAUCAUUUUAUUUCUCCAUGACAAGUGUUUAUUACACGUCUAUAAUUUGUCAAGAUACAGUAUUGUUUUAAGAAUUAAAACAGGUAACUUAUAUUAUUUAUUAUAAUUAGCUAUACCAAACAACUAGUAUUUAGUUUAAUUUGAACUUUAUGGCCAAUUUAUGCAAUUUGGCUUUUCUGCUUUAUAUUAUUAAAUAAGUAGUGUAAAGACAAAAAAACUGUGCAAAAUUCAAAGUUGUAAAACAAAAAAGUGUAUUUCUAUAUUAAAUACUGAUACCCCUUCCCCUAGUUUAUAUGGAAAUAUCAUUCAUGGAUACAUGACGUAUAAUUUACAUUUGUUAUUUUUGUGGUUUGAGGAUUUUUUAAAUGCCGAAUUAAAAUGAAUUGAAAAAUA